AUGUCUGCAGCAGCUUGUAACACGUACCCAAUCGAAAACUUUUGCAUCUAUUUGAUGCCCAAGCAACCGGCGCCGGUUUAUGCCCCUUGCCAAUCCGACCUCCUCCCAUCUGUUUUCGAAGAUGAUGAUGAUGACAUAAUUGAGGUCGACUUCACUGUGUUGCAAAAGGCUAAGAAUGUGAUGGCAAAACUUUUCACUCGAGGUGAUCCUGCUAAACCGUCUUCCCCCAAGUCGUUCUCUCCUGCUCGUCUCCUCGCAAAGACCUUGCCCUCGAAGUUCUCUCGGUUCCGUACUAACAGUCUUAAUUCCGGUAGCUCUGAGUAG